AUGGUAUUAUUGUUGCAUUGUUCAUCAAGGGGCUGUAAGGCUUCUGAUUGUCAACCCAAUACAAUAAGCACCAUCACUGUUGAUAUUUCAGGCCAUGGAAAUUUCACUUCAGUUCAAAGUGCCAUUGACUUUGUUCCUGAGGGGAAUACUCAAUGGAUACGUAUUCAGAUUUCUCCUGGAAAAUACAGCGAAAAAGUAGCAAUUCCAGUGAACAAGUCAUGUAUUUUUCUUGAUGGAGCAGGCAGAGAGUUGACAAGUAUUGAAUGGGGUGAUCAUGAAGAGACCCACACUAGUGCCACCUUCACCUCUUAUCCUGAUAACAUCGUAGCCAAAGGCAUUAAAUUCAAGAAUACGUACAAUUUACCGGAUGGUCUGAACAAAAUCGACAUAAUGAAAGAGGAACUCAUUUGGAAACAAGCAGUGGCUGCUAGAAUCUUAGGAGAUAAAUGUGCUUUCUACGAAUGUGGCUUUGUAGGGCUACAAGAUACCUUAUGGGAUGAAGAGGGACGCCAUUACUUCAAUUCAUGCUAUAUUGAAGGUUCUGUUGAUUUCAUUUUUGGACAAGGUCAAUCUAUUUACGAGGGAUGUGAAAUAUCAGUAAACAUAGGAAGAUUCGCCCCAGGAGUAACUGGGUAUAUAACAGCACAAAGGAAGCAACAACCACAAGAUUCGAAUGGAUUUGUGUUCAAAAAUUGUAACAUCAGUGGGACUGGCACGGUUGAUCUUGGAAGAGCUUGGGGACCUUAUUCUACUGUUGUUUUCUAUAACUCAACCAUGUCAGAUGUCAUAGCUCCUGAGGGUUGGAAUGCUUGGAACUUCGUUAACCAUGAGGCAAAUUUUACUUAUGUAGAGGAAGACAAUAAAGGACCAGGAGCCGACACUUCCAAACGAGUCCCAUGGGAAAAGAAACUAGAUCCAAAUGAACUCCAGAAAUUCUUGAACAUGUCGUACGUCGAUGAAGAUGGUUGGCUUUCCAAGACACCUGAUUUAACAUUCUACUAUUAAUACGUUGUGAUUCUGAAAACAAAAGAUUUGCACUGUAUAUGCGCACACAUGCAAAAUUCUACUAUUAAUAAUAAGGAUAUUAAUUAAA